AUGGCUCCCAUUCGUUUGCCGAGUGUGCGCAGUUUGUUGGAUAUCAUCGACAACCUUUUUGGAGAUCCCAUUCUCACAUAUUCGAAUAGAUCAAACCGGGAAAAUGCCUUUCUAACCUUGGCGGAGGAGCAAGCGGAAGCGUCUGGGAGUGCCAACCCAAGAGCCCAGCUCACCCAAAGACAGCUUGAGCUCCAAUCCCCGUUAGAAACAUUCCCAAUAUACCCUCAGGUGCAGGAAUAUUGGAUUAGGGGCACAUCCAUGGGCGGAGGCCAGUGUAACAGUCUUUUCCCAUGGAAUAGACAACAUGUGGGCUCCAAAUCCUGGGAGCCAGGGAACCAACCACCAGCUCCAGGGUAUUAUCCAUUUGCAACUAGAUUUUCUUCCGAAUAUCGGUAA